ACCGGCUCCCCGUCCCCCCCGCGGCGAAGGUCACCCAGUCGAGGCCGGGCGGAGGCGGCAGGGGUCGCGCAAGUUCUCCCGCCUCAGCGCUCGCUAUAUAAAGGGGUGUCUCGCUCAGGCGUCUCGGUUUCUCUGCGCGUUUGGAAGGCUCGCGUCCGCUUUACAGUCCCACGUCGACGACGAUGCGUGAGAUCGUCCAUCUGCAAGUCGGCCAGUGCGGCAACCAGAUCGGAUCCAAGGACCGAAUUACGCGUCACAUCCGUAUCAUAAAGCCAUUCACGUACACGCAGUUCUGGGAGGUGAUCUCGGACGAGCAUGGGAUCGACCCGACGGGCACCUACCACGGAGACUCCCCCCUCCAGCUGGAACGCAUCGACGUCUACUACCUCGAGGCGCAGGGCGGGAAGUACGUGCCGAGGAGCAUCUUGGUGGAUCUGGAGCCGGGGACGAUGGACUCCGUGAGGUCGGGGGCCUUCGGGCGGCUCUUUCGUCCGGACAACUUCGUCUUCGGGCAGAGCGGAGCGGGGAAGACUCGAGCUCGUGUGCCCCUUAGGUCUUUUCUCUUGCACUUAGAAGCUCGAGACUUGAAUUCCUCGCCCUCCGUUUUAUCACAAUAG